AUGGAGCCAAACCAUAUUCUGUCAUUGUGGACCACCACAACUGAUCCCGAACAUGUGAAGGUCAUUCAGUGGGAGGACUUCCAGCACGAUCUUGCGAGAUUGGCGAGUCUCUCUUGCGCAGUUGACGAAGCCAAGGAAAAGAAGCGCAACCUUCACGACCAGCUCCUUUCUCUCAUCCAGGGCAAGCGUGUUCGGUAUCCUGGAGAAUCUGAGCUCGAUUGGGGAAUGAAGUAUUAUUUUGGGUUUGAUUUGGAAAUUAUUGGCGAAAUGAAGGAGAGAGACGAAAAGGUGGUGUUAAAUAGCUCUCAACUGGCCAAACCAUGGCACUCUGGUGGAGUUUAUGGCCUACUCAUAAUUGCAGAAUGCUGGCACACUAUUUUCAGGUCUAUACGCUGUUCACAUAAAGGAGGGUGGUCUCUUGGCCCAGAGCUUUCAAAUGCAUUUCCAACCAACCAUCAAUCUGUAUCUGUGGAACUCUGGCAGACUGUUCUGUGGUCUCUACUUUGUUCCCAUCCUCUGGGUCUGUUCUGUUCAAGUCAAAGAGGGUUGUUAGAUAUAUUUGAGCUUGUCAAUGCUGAAUCAUUACAUCGAUUGAAUGAACUUGAGGAGCUGCGUCAGAAAUUGGAAUCUAAGAAAAUGAAGAUGGAGAAUUUGUCUAUACGUUGUAGGCUGGCAAAGGAAGACGCUAGCAAGCAGGAGGAGCGGCUUAGUGGUGCAGUGCAAUCACUUUUGGUGGCAGGGGGUACUCUUUCUGUAUCCAGCAGAAAUCUCCAGUUGGGAGGGUAUACAUGGAUUGAACUCUUCCAUAUCUGUAUGAUUGUGGUUGACAUUUUGAGUGAGAUGUAUGGAAUAGCAUUGAAGAGUCUUGUAGUCUAUGAAACACUAAUACUUCUGUUUGCUCAUGUCUAUGUAUCUGAUGUGUAUCCAAUUUUGGAAUCAAGCAGAUCACUCUCUGAAGAAAAUGGUUAUGUUCAUCUGAAAAAAUUGCAAAAAAUGCUGAGGAGAAGGCAACAACAUAUGACAUCUCAAAUUUCAGUGCUCUAUCCUGUGAAGAUCACGGUUGGACCAGCACAAGAGCAAGAGCUUGAAGCAUAUCCUAUGGGUACCCUGGCAGAAACUGCAUCUCCUCCACUACCACCUUGCACCACUCCACCCAAUGUUCCCUUGCCAGACGUGCCAGCUGUGGCAUUUGUUUUUCUUCACCCAAGCCAGGGUAUAGCCAAAGGGACUGCUGCUGGACUUAGACCUGUUAAUCAAGGAUCCUUAACAAUUCAUGGUCUGCAUUUGGAUGUGUUAUCUUUUAGGAAGAUGAGCUUUUUCCCUGAUAAAAAAGAAAUCCAGGGGUCUUCUACUGCCCUAGGAUAUGUUGCACAUGCUGUUUCACUUAUAGCUUCUUACUUGCAAGUUCCUUUGCGAUAUCCUUUACGGUUGUGUGGUUCUCAUUCAUAUAUUGUUGACAAUGCACCUUCAACAGAGCUAACAUCUGAAGCUUCAUCAAAUAAAAACAUAAAUGCCAAACAUGUGGAAUUCCCCCUUUUUUUAGAAGGUCAAGACACAACAAGAUCAGCUUAUGCUGUAUUCUUACUAAACAAGUAUUCAAUUGCUUUUUUGGGACUUUGCUCCAACUUGUACAUGCUGGUUGAUUCAGAAAUUAUUUUGACCAUGAGAAUAAAGCCUACUGAUUUAGAACAGCUUUUGAAUUUCAUCGAUGCCAAGAGUUUGGGACCACGCCAUGUACUUGCUAAUUUAAGGGAGCUUUUGAAGAUUAUCCAGUCUCCAGCUUUUAUAGACAACUUGACCUAG